AUUGGAUUUUGGAUGUUGUGGCGGUAAUUAACCAACUUUGCGUUAUGUCUCUAGAUGACUGAUCUUGGGCAAUCUACAUGCGUUAAGUUCGUGGACCAGACCGCAAAACCAAUUCUCGGGAAGAUAUUUGACUGUUCUAACCCAUGUACUCCCCACUCAGUCAAAAGAAUCUUGUCUGCCGCAGAAAAGCGUAGUCGUUACUUCCGUCGACUGAUUCAUGUCAGACACAUGGAUUUUGAGUAUGCUAUAUGGCAAAUGUGCCAGCUCUUCGUUGGACCACAGCGUGUAUUUAGAAAUUUCCGAUACCGUAAAUGUUCGCGACAGCAGUGGGCUAGAGACGAUCCCGCGUUCUUAGUGCUGAUGAUGGGUUUUCUUUUAUUUACCUCUUUGGGAUUUUCUGUAUGCAUGUCGUUGAACGUAACUCAAGCAAUUGAGUUUGUUUUGUGGGUCGUAUUCGUCGAUUUUAUUUCAAUCAGUCUACUUCAAGCAACGUUCUUUUGGAUUAUUACAAACCACUUCUUUAUUGAUCCAUCAAAAGUUCGUUCUAUUCACUUCAGCACAUUGGCUUCCGAUACUGAGACCAAUCCACAAGUUGAAUGGGGAUAUGCCUUCGAUGUUCACUUGAAUGGAUUUUUUGUAGCACUGUGCAUUUUGCACCUCUUACAGCUGCCUUUCUUGUAUAGUACGUUCAUUAAUAUUCUAGUUUUAUUUUCCAAGCGUAUCGAAAUUACUAUGAAUAUUUUCUCCGUUUUAUUGUGUAAACUGGUAGGUUAUAUAACAAUAGUAAUGGGAAACAUAUUCACUAGUAAAUAACACUGUCAAGUUUUAGAUUGUUAGACAGAGAGAAAUAAUUAUUUCAGUGGUUAUGAAGAAUAUGGAGCUUAUUUCACUGAAAUAUCCCGUACAUUCACAUACUGCAUCUAGAAAAAGUCACCUUGCAUGAUAUCUGUUCUUAUUCCAAACAUGUGUAUGAAGACAUACUGAAGUUGAGAAGAAGAGAAACAAAUGAUUUUGAAUAAUUGGUUCAUUGGAAGAUUAUUGGGCAACACUUUCUGGUUGGCGAGUUUUAUUUACUACACUUAUAUCACGUUUUUAGGUUACCGUGCCCUGCCUUUUCUCAAAAGUACAACAGUUUUAUUAUGGCCGAUAACAGUUGCAGUUGUAAUUUAUAUUGUAUCAUUUGUCAUGAAAUGGAACUUCACACUUUUCCUCUGUCACUUCUAUCAAUUCCGGUUGUUUUAGUAAGUGAAUAGCCGAAAUCGAACCUUUUCUGUCUGUGAUAUAAAUAUGAUCCAAUAUGGAGAACAUCAUUGUUAUUCUCUUCUUUCAUCAUUGUAAAUAGUUACUAAUGCCUGGACUGAACCAUCGUUUCGAUGGUGUAACUUUAUUUCUUCGGUAAAUGAUUGAAUGUAGUUUAUGUUUAUUGUUUUAAAUAUUUCUUACACAUUAUGCUAAUUUACCGUCUGAUUAAAGCUUAUUUUUCAUGUGGCGAUUACUUGUUUGUGAUGUUGAGAUCGACCAAAUGAAGACGUUGUAUCCUAUGACAAAAUAUAACUAUUCUUCAAUGACAAACCAAACAGAAAUAACUAUUGACAAGUCUUGUAUAUUUCAAUGUUUGGUAGUUUCCGGAAGAAAUUUUGAACAUUCUUGUCCAUUACUUUCUUGCACUAUGUAUUCCGUAACCGUUUGCUCGCUUUGGUUUGUUACACUGUCCACAUGGGACUAGUUACAUUGAGUCAGUAGUUAAGGUUAAUGAAUGUGUUGCCUACAUUAAGUGGCGGGUUUUCCUGAGCAUUUGACCUAGUUUCAAAUGCAGUUGGAGUAACCAGAUAUCACUAUCCCCUUAGAAUAACAAUUACUUCAAUCACGAAUAGCUUGCUAUGACAAAUUAUGUGCUUUAUUAAAAUGGCAAAGCAUGAUCGAAUAGUUAAACAUGAGCAUUAUUCUGUUUGUUAUAAACUGCGUGGCAUUCACCUUCUCAGUUGCUUUGUCCGACUAGUGCACUCGUCUAAAA